AUGGCGAUUGUACUUCGGUUUUGCUGCUUUAUGUUCUUUGCCUUUGCCAUAAUGUCUUCAGCUUCCAAUACACAGGCCAUUUCAUUUUCAGGAAGGGAGUUGGAAGAGAUUGAGAUGGAAGGUCGAUCUCUAAGAGUAAGUCUAACCGACUAUAGUGGGGCCACGGCCAAUCGUGGACACGAUCCAAUGACUUCCGUCAGCCGUGCUCCCGUCAGCCGUGCUCGUGGCCGGAAACUCUUCACAGCCUCUAAAUAUGUGUGCUCAAAUCACAAGAAACAAAUCUCCCCAUUCAUUGAACAGCUAAACACCGUUGUGAUUGACAACAACGAUGUUCAGACCUUAAAAUACGAGAGAGGUAAAAUCUGUAUUCUCAACAUGGACAGCAAUGGAAUGCGCAACAUAAUAUCGGGUAAAACACUUUCGUAUCUGGAAAUGGUGUUGAAGAAUAAGUCGGGGAAUCUGGCGGCCAAGAUGGCGUCAGAGGAAUUUUCACAGUGA